AUGUACAAACUCGUCUACCUUUCGUUGUUGGGUCUAGCCGCCGCAGUACCCUCGCCGCAGCGGAACAGGGGAGGCGGUCAGCAGCGCCAGACGGCGCAGCAGCAGGCUGCGAAGAUACCGAUGGGUGUUACACAGGCGCAGGAUGGGAGCAUGAUUUUGGAUGAUAUGGUCAUGGUGAACGGCCUACCAAUCCGUUUCAAAAUCGCAGCCCCAGCAGACCAAUUCCUCCCCGCAUCCGGCGUACCCGGCGCAGCAGCAACCUCCAGCAAUGGCACCAUGGGCGCGAACGUGCUCCUCCACGGCGACGGCGGACAGUCUUUCUUCGACAUGCCCAACCAAAACGUGCAAGCCAACACCAUGGGCGUCGCGCUCCUCGCACCGGACCCGAACCUCUUCUGGGGCGGCGGCUCUGGCCUGCAACGUACCGACGGCGUAGCCCACGCGCAAGCAGUCAACGACUGGAUCCAAAACGAAAUGCCGCAGCGCGUCGCCGUUAAUAUGUCAGCAAUGGUGUUUACGGGUGUGAGUGGAGGCAGUCUACUAAUGUCCGGAUUCUUCAUCCCAGCGCAGAUGCAGAACUACGCCCCGAGCGCGGUGGAGCUGAACUGCGGCGGCAUGCCGCCACAAGUCGCGGUGCAGAAUGCUGCCGCUGUGGCGAGCACGAGGAUGCAUUUUCAGUCCACGCAGUCCGAGCUGAAGCUUCUGCAGGGCAGCAUUCCGCAGGCUGUUACCGCGUAUGAGCAGAUUGCGGCUGAUCAGGGGUUGAGCGCGGCUCAAAUCAAUCAGCUGCAGACGGUGGAUAACACGCCGCAGGGUGGGCAUUGCGAGUUUGAUGGGCAAGAUUUUGUGUCGGGCGUGCAGACUAUGCUGACGAGUUACUCGAAUGUUGUGCAGGGUGGGAAUGGUGUUGUGACGGGGAUUGGCGCGCCGAGUAAUGGGCAGGUUACGACUGGUGUAGUUGGGAAUGAGAACCUGCAGUUCGUGGGUGGGCGAAAGCGCGAGACGAAAUCGAUGGUCGUUGCGAGGUGGGCGCAGGAUGUCGUCGUCGAGGAGGAUGUAGCGCUCCUGGCGUGCGAUCGUACCUCGUGCUAGUCGCCGAGGAAGUCGCACCUAAAGAAGUCAAGUAAGCAGACCCAAGCAAUAAUUCCCAUGUGCACGUUCUCUUGUUGUCAUGUCUCUGGUAUCGCGUUCGGACUGUCAC